AUUCAUUAUCACGUAAAUGGCUAGCACCAACAUAGUUCUCCCAUGUACCCUCAACACCAAACAGCUUACCUUCCCAAAUCCAAGUUAGCACCUGAAAACCUUGAAAAGGGGUUAAAAAAAAAUGAAAAUCAAACAAAUCAAAAGCCCUCAGGCCUCAGUACCGCCGAACCCUGUUAAUAGCCUGCUUCCCCUAAAUAGUUAGACCGUGGAAGAACAAAGAUUUCAUUAGCUUAAUCAAAUUGGUUAUCUCUUAUAUCAACCUAAAAUGAAGGUAAAAGUAGUGUGCAGGAAGCUGUAUGACUACGUCCGAUACGAUCUCAAAGAAAUAGCUUUCCCUUCUUCAUUGCCUGAUCCUCCCCACAUCAAAAAGCGCCGCAAAUUGACUUGGCACGAGCGCUUCUUGGUCUUGAAGGAGGCCUCUAGGCUUUAUGCUGCAAGCUGGGUAAGGGAUAUUGGUCCUGAUCUUAGACCAAACGAUUAUAAGAAGGAUGAUGGUACUGAAGAUAAAUCCAAUGGAGAUAAGAGUAGGAGUACAGAGACAGAACCUUCGGCCUUGGAGGAUAUCGCGGUUGCUGCAAGAGGAGGGAUGGAGACUUUGAGGCCUGCUUUACAGAGGUUAUACAUGACAAGGGCUUCUGCAUAUAGAGAUGCUCUUAAGAGUUUCAUAGAAGGAUAUGAAGAAGGUAUCCAGCAGGUCAUGGAGAAAAAGGAAGAUUCUUCUAAAGCACAGCAAGAAGGAAAUACUGAUAAAAAUUCAGCUUGAUGGCUGAUAAGUGCGUAAUCGGAGAUGCAUGUGAGUACUUCUUCAGCAUGCCUAUUGUAGAUACAAGUUUAGAGAUUUGGUGGAGCUGGGUUAGCAUGAAAUCACAAGAAUGAUACAUGUCCUGAGAAUUUUCCUGUAUUGAGAAAGUGACCUUUAGAAACUACAAAUAUAAUGGGAAUCUCCAUUGACAAUGGUGAUGCUCUUUCCUUCUUGUCAUUUCAUGUUUGUUAGUUUUUGUUGUAGUUUAGUAUUCAACGUGCUUGAGCUUGGAGAAAUGUAAAAGAACCUUAAUGCUUAAUGGAGGCAGUUUGCAUAUAA